AUGGACAGGAGGCAGAAACCCAGCUCUCCAGAACAGAAGAGUGAUCUCGAAGCUCAUGGAGGAGCUUUGUCCAUGUCCCACAAUGACUCACGCUCUUCUCUCAGCUUCUCUCAGCUUAUGCUGUCUGCUGGCAAACCCAAGGCAACGCCAGCCCUCAAACAUUCAAAGAUUACUUACUUUGAAGUGGAAAUUCUUGAUGGGCAAAGCAAGAAGCCGAUCUGCAUUGUGGACAAGGUAUCGCCAACGUCUACCCUGCUUGAUGUGAAACAGAAAUUUCACAAAGAAUGUCCCCAGUGGUAUCCCUCUCGUGUUGGCCUGCAACUGGAACGCAAUGGGCCCUAUUUGAAGGAUGCCAUUAACAUUCAAAGCCUUGCUGUUUCCUCCAUCAUUACACUGUAUUUUACAGACCUGGGUCAACAAGUUGGUUGGACCACGUUUUUCCUAACAGAAUACACUGGGCCACUUGUAAUAUACCUGCUCUUUUACAUUCGUCUCUCGAGUAUUUAUGAUCAACGGGAAAGCAGGAAGAACCUCCGCCAUCCAGUGGUCCACUUGGCCUGCUUCUGCCAUUGUUUACACUACACCAGGCAUCUUCUGGAGACCUUAUUCGUUCACAAGCUUUCGGGAGGGCACACUCCUCUGAAAAACAUGAUAAAGGGCUGUGCCUUUUACUGGGGCUUCACUUCCUGGAUCGCAUACUACAUCAACCACCCCCGCUACACGCCACCAUCGCUCGGCCACAGACAAGUUUCUUUAUCUGCCCUUACUUUUAUGAUGUGUGAGGCUGGAAAUCACUUUAUCAAUGUAGCUUUAGCUCACCAAAAUCACUCAGGAAGCCAAGCCUGUUUUCCAAGUCCAACCUACAACCCCUUCACAUGGCUCUUCUUGCUUGUAUCCUGCCCCAACUACACAUAUGAGGUUGGGUCUUGGAUUAGUUUCACUGUGAUGACACAAACCCUGCCAGUUGGCAUUUUUGCUUUCCUGAUGAUCAUCCAGAUGUCUCUCUGGGCCCAAAAGAAACACAGGGUGUACCUGAAGAGAUUUUACCCAGAAGUGAGAAGAAAAGCAGCUAUAAUUCCCAUCAUCUUCUAAGGUCUUCGCAAGAGCUGGAGCUUAAGCAGACAGUUCAAGAGCUAACUCAAGAGUAAAUGAGCCACUUCAUUCAGUAACCAAAGUGCA